GCUGGUAUAUCGAUACGUAUGAUGGGAGAAGUCCUACGAGUAGCAUUAUGGAACAUCAAGCACCUUAUGCGUGGGUGUAAGUCUAACAGUGAGGUCUAACGUGCCAAGCCGCUAGAACAUCUGCAGACGUCAAUUGGAAAUUUCCCCUCCCCCACCAAAAAAUUUAUCCCGAGAUCAGAUACAACGAUUGAGAACUGCUCGAAACAGUACAUCGCCUACGGUCAGCCUCGUUCCGAUCGCACGACACCAUGCCUACAAUCAAGCUGGAAGAGGAUCCAAUCGACGAGAUCCUAUACCUGGCUCGCGCAAAUGAGUCGUCCGAAUUGGAAAGUUUUCUCACGGAAUUGUCCGCUGAGAGGAAGUUCUCGAAAGCAGACCUUGUAACUGCUGCAAUUGAUCCCCACUCUAAGAAUAGUGCUCUCCAUUAUGCUGCUGGGAAUGGACAUAUUGACAUCAUCAAGCUUCUGUUAUCCUAUAAGCUCGACAACGCCACUGCAACCAACCUUGAACUUAUCAACACAGUCAAUGACGCGGGAAACACGGCACUUCACUGGGCAGCACUAAACGGUCACUUGGAGUGCGUGAAACAAUUGGUGCAGGCUGGUGCCGACGUGACCAUCAUCAACAAGGCAGGCCAUGACGCAGUCUUCGAGGCGGAAAUCAAUGACAAGAAGGACGUCGUGGACUGGCUUUUGGAGACGGUCGAAGAACUGGAGAAUGGUAUCGGACAAACGGGCGAGAACACCAGCGAAAACAGCGACAACGGAAUGAAUGCGGAAGGCCAUGGAACUGUAGCCGACGUCGAGGAUGCUAGAAGACAAAUGGAAGGCAUGAGCACCGUCGACGGGAAAGCACAAGGGGGAUGAAUAGGAGAAAGCAUGCAGGAUAUUAAACUUAUAUUGCUGACAUGGACAAAGGACCUGAGGUUGUCCGAUGCGUCAGGAGGCAAGAUUGAACACCCCCGAGCGGCGAUGGCCAUAACCACGUGGCACAGAGUAUGCGCCGCGCAUGUAGCCCGGUCGCCGUGGGAACCGUGACGGGACGGUGGUGAUCUUGCUUCUUCUAAAUAUUACAUAGAAAGCUCUGGGCUGGUCGCCUUCUGAAGAGCCGAGCAAUGGCGGGGUAUCUAGUGUACAAUUGGGUUACCCCCCUAAG